UCCCACCACCUCCGUGUGCGGCGAUGACAGCCACCCCAGAGGGGCCGUCAGGGUUCGGGCCGUUCGAAAAUGCCCUAGCUGGUGUCCCUGUCCGCCCGCCCCGCUCCGCUGGCCAUCGCCGCACGCCUUUCGGAUCUCGGUGGAGAAGUCCCGCUGCCUGGCGCGUGUCUCUCUCCAUGUAGACACGCCUGUCACCUGCAAAGACUUUUUUUUCAAAAACGUUGCAUAUAACUAACUGACGAUCAAAAGCAAAAGGAGAAAGGAAGGGAAACGUUACUGGGUUACUAUGCACUUGCGACUGAUUUCUUGGUUUUUUAUCAUUUUGAACUUUAUGGAAUACAUCGGCAGCCAAAACGCCUCCAGGGGAAGGCGCCAGCGGAGAAUGCAUCCUAACGUCAGCCAAGGCUGCCAAGGAGGCUGUGCGACGUGUUCAGAUUACAAUGGAUGUUUGUCAUGUAAGCCCAGACUAUUUUUUGUUCUGGAAAGAAUUGGCAUGAAGCAGAUAGGAGUGUGCCUCUCUUCGUGUCCAAGUGGAUAUUAUGGAACCCGAUAUCCAGAUAUAAAUAAGUGUACAAAAUGCAAAGCUGACUGUGAUACUUGUUUCAACAAAAAUUUCUGCACAAAGUGUAAAAAUGGAUUUUACUUACACCUUGGAAAGUGCCUUGACAAUUGUCCAGAAGGGUUGGAGGCCAACAACCACACCAUGGAGUGCAUCAGUAUUGUGCACUGUGAGGUCAGUGAAUGGAGUCCUUGGAGUCCAUGCACCAAGAAAGGGAAAACAUGUGGCUUCAAAAGAGGGACUGAAACACGGGUUCGAGAAAUAACACAGCAUCCCUCAGCCAAGGGUAACUUGUGUCCUCCAACAAGUGAGACAAGAAAGUGUAUAGUGCAAAGAAAGAAGUGUUCAAAAGGAGAACGAGGGAAAAAAGGAAGGGAGAGGAAACGAAAAAAACUUAAUAAAGAAGAAAGUAAGGAAGCAAUCCCAGAGAACAAAGGUCUGGAAUCCAGCAGAGAAAGCCCAGAACCACGAGAAAACAAAGACAAACAGCAGCAGAAGAAACGAAGAGUGCAAGAUAAAGAACAGAAGUCGGUAUCAGCUAGCAGUGUACACUAAAGCUCCCAUGCAAUUAUGAUAGACUCAUGACGCUGCUAUCUCAACCAGAUACCCAGGACAGGUGUCCUAGCCAUUAGGACCACAAAUGGACAAUAUGUCAGUUACAGCUCUGUCUAAACAACAUUCCAAAUAGUUGCUAUACUCUUCAUACAAGCAUAGUUAACAGCAAAGAGCCUAAUGUUCAAAGAAGGGAUACUUUCACAUGGUUAUCUUGUGUGCUCUGUGCAUUGUAAAAAAAAAAAAAAAACAAACAAAAAAACAAGAAAUUUUGCACAUAAUUAUCAAUAAGCUAUAAGCUUCCAUCAAUGUAAUGGUAACAUCUGCAGAAGAAACACCUCUUCCCUCUAAAAACAUCAAGUUAUUGUAUGAAGAAGCAAAAGAUAACUCUGCAAAUUCAAAGACACAGUAUCACUUCAAAACAGAUAAGAAGUCAGGGAGAGAAACACCAUUCCCAGGACAGUGUGGAUUUGUCCAGGAGAGUUAGAGAGUACUCAUAAUUAGGGCCUUGCAUCUGGGAGUGCAGAAUUUAUCAGCACAGAAGCAACCUGUCUUCAGAUUACUUCCUAUUGCCCUCAUCCUGUACUUCUGCAAGAAACAUGAGAGUACAGGCCAGAGUUAAAUAUACUGUGUGGGAUUGAAGGAAAUCAAAAUGUGGAAGAAAUAAAGUUGGAGGUUCCUUUUGUGCUUGACAAACCUGUGAAGGGUUGUGAUUACCCAGAACAGGUCUUCAGUCUGUGUCAGCACGAUGUGGUUCAGUAUCUGCUACCCCUUGGUUUAUAUGUCUGUAAACAUGUGCCUGUAACUUUUUUCCAAAACAAAAUCAUACUUAUUAGAAGGAAAUUCUGAUUUUAUAGAAAACAAAAAUAGAGUUAGAGGCAUACAACAUGUUUGCAAGGUCGUGUGUUUUCUUUCUCAAUGAGGGAAAUCAAGUUUAUCACCUGCAUAAGGGUCUGCCUGGAACUAAAGGGGAUACUACUUUCUAACGAGGUGUAUCUAGUAGAGGAGAAAAGCCACCACAAUAAACCUAUUUGUCAAUAGUUUUUAAA